GGCCUUGAUAUUUUUGAAACGUAAACGUAUAAACCAUUUGGAACAGUUGUUGUUCGCAUCUUCCUAUCGAUUGUUUAUUUGCUGAUAUGAAGGAGACAAAUUUUGUGUGAAAAGCUUCGACUCCAAAUUGCUAGACCGUAGUAGAUAGCGUUGCCAGCGAAAAAAAUACAAAAUGCCACCGAAAAAACCGGGCAAAAAGGUUACGAUUCAAUUGCGCCCGUUGGAGCGUGCACGAGGCUCCUCCUUCGAACAGGACCAUGCCGCUGGAACAUCGUCUGGCGCACCCGUCAAAGCAGUUCUAAAGAAAUCGCGCUACAAAAUCUAUGAAAUACCGCGCAAGUCCGAGUUUUCCGAGUAUCUCUUAAAGCUACGGCGCGAACAGGAGAGGCUAGAGCAGGAUGAUGCAGAUCUGCGAGUUGAACCACCGGCGCACGAAGCUGCGGGCCCAAGCCGGCAGGCGGAAGCACGGCCAAAGUUGAUAAUGUUCGACAAUCCCAUCAGCCCGGUCAGGCAGGGCAGUGUCGUUGAGUAUCGGCCGAAGGAGCGCCACCCGUUCAAGGAGCUCGUUAGUAACUAUCUGCGACGAAGCUCGCAUCCAAAGCAACUGCUAGGUCUGUACAAGAUACCGGUGGUGAAAAAUUGGGAGCAAGUGAUCGAAGAUUCGCUGCGCAAGAUGGCGGCCGAACGAUCGACCCGGGGGGAUCAGUGGAAGCAGCCGCGGCUGCAGUGGUUAGAUGAGUUGGAGGAAGCAAAUCGCCAGCUACCGGAACCGAGCCGUACCCGGAGGAAUAUGUUCGAUCCUUCCAUCUGUUGCUUUCUGGCGUGGUGUGGAGGUCGCCGCCGCCGUCGACGCCUCGGUCAGCGCUGGUCGGAUGCUUAAGCUGCACUGCUUACCUUUGGGAGAUUUCUCCUCGGUGCCGAGAUAGAACGGACCCUGGCGCGAUACAAUCUCCUGGAUGAUGAUGCCGAACGAGUAGACGUCCCCUUUCUGGCUGCCCGCCGGCGGACACUGGGGAUCGCGCAGCAGUUCCGGAGCGGUCCACAGCAGCUCUGCAAAUAGAUUGUACAUCAUCUCGUGAGGCUUGAAAUUGCUUUCAGGAGCGUUUUCACAAGCAAAAACCACAUACUUUGCCAGUAGGCAUAGCUCUCGAUGUCGGCAUCGUCGGUGCUGCGGCGCAGCUGAUGCAGCCCAAAGUCCGUCACCUUUAGCACGAACCUCGAAUCCACCACACAGUUGGACGACUUGAGCGAACCGUGCGAGUGCAGAUCGGUCGAGUGCAGGAACGCCAUCCCCUUGACGAUGUCGUGCAUCAGCGAGAUCUUAAACAUCCAGUCCAGCUUGAUCGUUUCGUUCUCCAGUAUGUCCUGCAGCGAACCCUUCGGGCAGUACUCGGUCAGAAUGAACGGUUCCGGGUGCAGAUCGAGACAGGCGCCGUAGAACCGCACCAGAUGGUCGUGCUGGAUGUCCUUCAUGCGCUUGAACUCCAGCAUCAGCGACCGGGUGAGGCUGAGGUUUUGUACGUUGAUCUUCUUGAUCGCCACCUUGCAGCCCUUGUAGAAGCCGAAGUGGAUGUAGAUCUGCCGAUCGCCGGGCAGCGAGUUAAGAUCCUCGGAGUAGAUCGUCUGCAAGGGAGUGGAAGCGACUAUCGAUUGGUUGUUUCUUUCGAUUGCCGGGUUGCUUUCUAACGCGCGCUACUUACGGCUUGGCUGCCCCGCUUUACCAUCGAGUGGAAGCUGCCCCGAUGGCCGCGGCUCGGAUUGCACGACAGCACAUCGUUCGGGUUCACCUUCCAGGUCAUGGAGUUAAUUUCCGCCUCGAGCUUGUAGUGCCGAUAGCCCACGAUGGACGCGAUGCCCAUGCAGACGACGCAAACCCCAAGCACGAGCGACAGUAUGGCAUAGCCGGGCAGUGCUGUGUGAGGAUGAAGGAAAGCAGACGGAGGAUCGUUAAGUUUGUGUUGACGGAAUCCCCUGGACGGGGGGUGUGGAAGUAAUGCUUACAAUUAUCCGGACACAGGGACCCAUCGAAACCGCAGGUCGGUCGGUCUGGCGGUGCCUUUGUGCGAUCGCCUGCCCAGUGGAUGGCUUUACCCUCGACAAACUGCACCCCACCGCCGUAGUAAUAGUUCGCCACGACCUGAAAGGAAGAUGCAAAGAAUAUUGCGGUAAAAAAACACCACCCGGAAAGGAAUGACCUCCUCUUCCCGCCGGUUACUCACCUCAAACAGACCCGUCUCGGGGUUCAGAUCGAGCAGGGAAUAAUUCGAUAUACGGUCACCGUUCGAGUCUAUCGUCACGUUGCCGGUAAUGCCCUUAAAGCUUCGGCCCCACAUCAACUGGGCCAGGUGCGUACCGUUGAUGGGCUGCCGGAGGGCACGCUCCACCCCGAGCUGCGCAAUGCUGUCAUUGAGGGCGUACGCGUACAGCAGUACCGCAUCGUAGAAGGCCGUCACAAACGUUGACACGGGCUCAUCCUCGGCGUACGUGUGGUUGUACUUUGUCUUGGUCAGUUCCUUCACCUAAAACAAGACCACGCAUUAGGGUGUGUGUGUGUGAAAGUCAAAUAAAAAAAAACCCAAUGCAAAGCAAAUCGAAUCUGAAACCGCGUCUAAUGCGCAGAAAGGGACACAUAAUCUCAUUUAAGCCAAGACAAACCCACUCGGAUCGCGCGCGUGGCAAGCAUACUGCAAGCAUGCUCUAACAAGAGGUCGUGCAUCUUCACACCGAGGGGCGAGGGAGGAAGGGAGGGCGCAGAUUAGGUCUUACAAUUCCCGUCACGUACCGCACGAGAGCGAUUGGAUUGGAUAUGGAGGGGAUUUCCGAAUGCGCCUGCCUGCAGCACGCAGACCGAAGGAGCGGAGGCAAAAUCGAAGAAAAUAGGAUUUUAAACUGCUUCAUUCCACCGGGAUCGGUGGGAGAUUUUCUAACCAGCGUGGAAAUCGGUUCUACAUUUUUCCUUCGUUUUUUUAUUUUUUUGCUUUUCCCUUUAAUGAAAGCAAACCGGAAAAGUGGUCAAACUGGUGUGCGGUGUGGCGCGCAAAUUCUGAGAACUAGUGAAGUGGUGUGAACCCGCAGUGAUGCCGACACAGGAACCGACGACACUCGCCCAGUGCACUUCAGCAUCAGAGGAGCUUCGUCUUUCUUUUUUCUUCUUUCAGCCGGUGGAUUAAAACCCGUAAUUGCUUUCGAAGUGGAGCUGCCGAAAGGGACUUUUUUGUAAGCCGCAGUGCUAACUAAAGAUUAAUACGGAUGGGACGCGGCUUAGGCGCUAAAAGAACUAUCUUGCUGCGUCAGAUUAUAACCCGACGGCUCCAAGAUUUACUGUGAGGAUGUGCGUUUAAUAAGUUGAACAGAAUAUUAGAGAAUUUUAAACUUAUUCGUAAUUUUUGGACCGGAAAA